AUGCAUGCCAAAUCUCUCUUCCUCAUCGGAGCCUCCAUACUCUCGUCUGUCUCUGCGAACCCCGUCGAACUUCGUGCUUGCACCGGGCCCAAUGUCAAUUCCGCUACGAUCGCACUGAUUAAGGAGUUUGAAGGCUUCGUGCCUAGCCCUUCUCCGGAUCCGAUAGGUCUGCCAACUGUCGGUUACGGGCAUUUGUGCCAGACGACAGGUUGCUCGGAGGUCCCCUAUUCCUUCCCCUUGACGGAGUCAACGGCGACGCAACUCUUGAUGUCGGACCUCAAGUCUCCGCAGCAAACCAUAACUCUUAAGACCACUUCAAAUGUGGUGCUCAACGCGAACCAAUAUGGCGCUCUUGUGUCAUGGGCGUUCAAUGUGGGCCCUAGCAACGUUCAAUCUUCCACUCUCCUCAAACGUCUCAACGCUGGCGAAAGCCCCAACACUGUUAUUGCAGAGGAGCUUCCGAAGUGGAAUAAAGCUGGUGGACAGACGCUCCCGGGACUCACACGAAGGAGGGCGGCCGAAGUAGCUUUGGCGCAGACACCGACGAGUGUGAAGGCUCUUCCGGCUUGCAGCUGA